CCUGAUGUUUCACGACACGAUUCGUUUGCUGAAAAUUCAUUGACCUACUUUCGCUUUACGUACUUAAUAUAUUGAUCUAAGCUGAUAUAAUAUUUUAACCUUUUUAGCUGUUGAAUACUGAAAAUGGAGAAUAUGAAAUCGAUGAUAGUUUUACCGGUGACAAUGGUGAAUAUGACUUGACGUUAAUUGUGGAUGGACAUAAAAUAAGAGUUGUGAAAGCGGUCCUAUGUUUAGCGUCGCCAGUGUUUCGUGCCAUGCUACAGUCUCAAUUUAAGGAGAAGGAUCAAGCUGAAGUUAAACUUCCAGGGAAGAAGUAUACGGAUUUUGUGGAGUUCCUAAGCUGCUUCUAUCCAGACAGACUGGAACGUGUCACAAACGAUUCUGUUUACAAAAUUCUUCCAUUGGCUGUUGAGUAUCAAGUAAAGGUACUGGAAAAGGAAUGUCAGAGGCGUCUGGUAAAACUUGUAAAAACCAGACACCUACCUGAUGCAGUCCAAAUAUACCGCCACAUCCAACUAGCUGAGCUGUAUAAACUUGAGGAUCUUAGAAAAAAUUGCAUUUCUGCAGCAUCAGAUUUUAAGUUGAGUCAAAUGGAAAAUGCUGCAUCAGAAUAUUCAAUUUCUGAAAACACGUUUGUUCAGAUUCACCAUCUUGCUCGCCGUAAACAAGAAUUAAACAAAAUGGAUGACGACUUUCUUGCGAAGACGCAGUAUGCGCUACAAAGUGCAAGGUAUAUACAUUUUAUCGAAAAAGAAACUGGCGUAAGCAUGAACAUUGCUAAACAGAAAAGAACAAGAGCAGCUAGACUUUGGUACAGAUACUUUCAAAGUAAUGAAGAACUACUAGAAAAGAUUAUAAAGUGCAUGAAAGGUAUGGAGGUUGAUGGUGAUAUCAAAGAGGAGUGCGAACUGCUCCCAGAAACAAUUAAACAGCGUUUAGAAGUUGAUUUUAAUAAGAAUUAAGAAUGAAUGGUAUUUAACUUGUCAAUAACAGUAUAUGUUUUGUUUUGUUGCAAGCCACAGAUACGUCUGAUCAUAUUUUAUAAAAAUGUAGUUACCCGAUACUUUUAGAAUAUAUUAGCUUCAUUGUAAUGCAUGCAUCAAAAUCAAGUGUGGAGAGCAGGAUAUUCACAUCUGCUCCUACAACCAGAGGUACAUUAUUUUUCUUACAUACCGUAUUUUACGGAUUGUUGAAACAAAAUACUUUAUUUGUAGAACUAUCUAGCGUACUGAAACGAAGUGCACGGAAUUAACGUUUGUAAACUGAAGUGACUUCAUGAUGUUUAAAGACACACAGCAACAAAGUUUAGAUGUAGUUUUAUCACUGAUAUCGUAAUGUUUUGUUAUUUCCAUAAAAUGAUUUAUUUAAAUCGAAAGAUAUACAUAUAAGAAAUGAAGAGCAUCAAACAUAAAAAUAUAUAAACCAUG